AUGGACCCAAUAGAGUACAACGGCUCUUGCUCGGCAGUGGUCGAGCAGGACCAUCUCCGGACAAUUUUCGCACUGGCGCUGUCAUCGAUGUACCGGAAGGAAGUACCUUUGUAUGGCGACCUUGUUAGCAUCGUGCGUGACAUAAACAGCCAGGUGCUGUUCCGAACGAGGCUGGGGUUGGGCAGUGACAGCUCCGAACGCCUGGACGUGGAGAGACAUGGCGCGAUUCGACUUGGUACCCCAGCGGAGCUGCAAACUGUGCGGCGCAUAUUCGCUUUGCUUGGAAUGCGGGCUGUUGACUAUUACGAUCUGUCUGUAGCCGGUCUGCCGAUGCACGCAACAGCAUUCCGAUCCGUCGACAGAGAGUCUCUUGCACGAAACCCCUUCAGAGUAUUCACAACGCUUCUUCGACCGGAACUUCUGGACUCUGACGAGGCCCGCAUGCUAGCUCUGAAACUUCUUGAGCGCCGGCAAAUCUUCACCGAAAAGCUUUUAGAAUGGCUUGACAUUGCAGAUAGCCAAGGUGGAAGACUGAAGGCUGAUCAAAUAGAGCAUUUCAUCCCACAAGCGCUGCUAACGUUCAGUUGGAGGCCAACAGCGGCUGCAACUUAUGCCGAGUAUGAGGAGCUGCGCGAAGAACACCCCAUUCUUGCCGACGUUGCCUGCUUCCAGUCGGCGCACAUCAACCAUUUGACACCACGAGUGCUCGACAUCGAAGCAGCGCAUCGUGCUAUGCAGGCUGCAGGCAUGGCGGUGAAGAGCGCUAUUGAAGGUCCCCCUCAGCGGCAACACCCAAUCUUGCUGCGCCAGACCAGCUUUCUUGCGCUUGAGGAGCCCGUGCGAUUCCCGUAUAACGAUAGCAUCGUCGCGUCGGACUUGGUAUCAGGCUCUCACAAAGCAAGAUUCGGCGAGAUCGAGGAACGAGGCGCCGCCUUGACCGCGAAAGGCCGACAGCUCUAUGAUGAGCUACAGAGCGCAGCCCUGUGCGCCGGGCAGUCUAUCAUCGAACAGAGUCGACGUGACGCCAUCGUAGCUGCGGUGUUUGAUCGCUUUCCAGAUGACUGGAGCGCACUGAGAUCGCAGGGCUUGCUGUUCUGCGAGUAUUCUUGCGACACAACUCGAAUCAAGACGGCCAUGUCUUUGGAAAAGAAGUCACACUUCACACCGGAACUGCUUGAGGCUCUCAUCACUGAAGGCGUGAUACAGGCUCGCCCAAUCACUUACGAAGACUUCUUGCCGUUCUCCGCAGCUGGUAUCUUCCGGUCGAACCUGCAGUCCAACUUCAAACAAGCAGCAAUACAGUCAUUGGCACGUUACGAUCGAAGCGGACUCGAGUGCGCGCUUGGCUGCAAAGUACUGUCUUCGGAGACGCUAUACGCGGGAAUCGAGGAGGAGAGCCUGGAAAGAUGCGCAGUUGCAUUGGGACUUGUUCGUUAG